AUGUCUACUCCACCUAGACGCGCUUCAACGGCUCCUAUUCGGAGAAGGUUGGAUGAUCUACCACCACGAUACACACCUCAAGCAUCAGAUUUCUAUACACCAAUACGUGCGCAGUACACAGACUACGCAUCACCACAAGAUGCUAGAGAGCAAUCCACGUCAAUGGUUAUACGGUCGUCACCACCGCCCACUUCUUCUGGCGGCAGAUAUGUACCGUCGCAUCGCCGGAUCUCAUCGCACUCUGGAUAUCUGAGUUCUGAUAAACACUUGGGUCGGUCAGAAUAUCCGUUUUCCAGUCCUCUACUGCCAUCGAGAGCGCUGUCGCGUAUAGAAGAGCGUCGUCGUGCCGGUCUGUCAUCUUCAGUGACGACCAGCCCAUCUACGAUCGCGCAACCAAACCCCAACUAUGUACCUAGCAAGCGCGCACCUGAGCGAAGUCCCGAAGAGCAGACACCGAUCACCAAGGCGCAGAGCUUGCUUACGCCCAAUCGUUCAGAGACAUCCGGUUCGCACAUACCUCGACCUGGACGCAAUCGUGCUGAGUCGUGGCGAAGUUCAGGAAGAAAGUCUAUCGUCGUUCCAACGGAUGAAUGGGAGGACGCCGGCACUUCAGAAGUAAACAAGGCGAGCGAUACACGAGCGGGGUUUGUGUCAAAGUUCAAGCAUGCGCUGAGUUUGAAUUCAGAAGAAGCUCCUUCUCAACGUGGAUCGGCCGCUUCUUUCGAUGCCCCAGAGCCUCUAUCUACUGGUCAAAUCAUAUCGCGACGUGAUAGUAAGAGAAAUGUAUCACCUGCAGAGACGGCUCUGCGGAGAAGUCUUGAGAAUGAUCUUGGCAAGAAGACGCUUAGCCAUAGGAAGAGUUUCGCUGGAAGUCUACGGAGACUUUGUCAACCAGAAGUCCUCAGCUAUCGAGCAAAACCAUCAGUUGUAUCCAACGAAAGCGAGUCAGACUUUGGAUACAUCGAACCGCGUGUCUUACAAGAAUUGCCUAGCAAUAUUCUUGUACGUGUCCGCGCUCGGAAAACUGAUAACUCGCCACAAUACCAGAACCUUCCCACAUGGGAGCCGAUCAAGCAGACCGAUGAUUUCAAGGACAGAUACACCAAUGAACGUGCCAGCUACGAUCGGGUGCCGGCAUAUCGCAUGGAAGUCAGUUCGCCUCUCCAAGGUUCGAUGAGUUCGACUCAAGGUUUUUCCAGCCCUACAAAUGCCAUGAUUCCCAAUCAUCAGUUCAGAAAAUGCGCCUCGUUAUCCUCAUCACCAUCAUCGUUCGUUGCUCAGAAGCUGGUACGGCUACAGGAUGUGACUUCACGGGAGCCAGUGGAGCUAGAGCAAACGAAAACGCUCUCAGCAGUAAUCGAUCAAGCCUCUGCUGUAGCAAUGCCCCCUACACAUGUCGCAAAUUGCGCGAGUCAGGCUUCGGUGCGUAUCGGAAAUGGCAUCUCGCUCAUGCCGCCAACCACCAUAGUUGAUCAGGAGCCUAUGGUGACUUCUCAAUCUUUCUCGAUCACUUCGCCAUCAUCUACUUUCACUCAUUCUUCAACAGUUCCAAACUACAACCUCGCGCUACAGCCACCGACGGAAGUGUUCUCCCAGCAGCCUAUCGGUCAAUCUCCACGGCAAGGUCUCAUCUUUGCGGAGGCAAGUGCCAUCAUCUACCUCCUCAUCGCUUACGUCGCGGUAUGGCUACUCCUCAGCAACUCGGAAGAGACGAUGAAUACGGUAGAUACAGCCAACCAAAUGGGUAUGACCUUGCUGGCGGGCGCCAUUUUGUGCCUCCUUUUGCAUUGUGCUAUGGGCGGUCGUGUUACACGAGUUCCAAGGAGUGUUUUGCGAGCAAUAUGGGGCCCUUCGCUAUGUUUUGUGGUAUUCUGGGGUUAUAGAUGGUUCGGUGAACGGCAGUCAUUCUCGUAUCCUGUUUGA